GUAAUACCUGAGAGGGAAGUGGCUUCAUUUCAGUGGCUGACUUCCACAGAGCAAUAUGGCUGGUUCCCCAACAUGCCUCACCCUCAUCUAUAUCCUUUGGCAGCUCACAGGGUCAGCAGUUUCUGGACCCGUGAAAGAGCUGGUCGGUUCCGUUGGUGGGGCCGUGACUUUCCCCCUGAAGCCCAAAGUAAAGCAGGUUGACUCUAUUGUCUGGACCUUCAACACAACCUCUCUUGUCACCAUACAGCCAGAAGGGGGCACUAUCAUAGUGACCCAAAAUCGUAAUAAGGAGAGAGUAGACUUCCCAGAUGGAGGCUACUCCCUGAAGCUCAGCAAACUGAAGAAGAAUGACUCAGGGAUCUACAAUGUGGGGAUAUACAGCUCAUCACUCCAGCAUCCCUCCACUCAGAAGUAUGUGCUGCGUGUCUACGAGCACCUGUCAAAGCCUAAAGUCACCAUGGGUCUGCAGAGCAAUAAGAAUGGCACUUGUGUGACCAAUCUGACAUGCUGCAUGGAACAUGGGGAAGAGGAUGUGAUUUAUACCUGGAAGGCCCUGGGGCAAGCAGCCAAUGAGUCCCAUAAUGGGUCCAUCCUCCCCAUCUCCUGGAGAUGGGGAGAAAGUGAUAUGACCUUCAUCUGCGUUGCCAGGAACCCUGUCAGCAGCAACUUCUCAAGCCCCAUCCUUGCCAGGAAGCUCUGUGAAGGUGACUGCCUCUCCCCUCUCCACAGGAGCCUCUGCCCAGGACCUACACCUUCUUCAGCUCCUAGCCCCCAUGGGAACAGACACUGUAUGGAAACUGGAGGCCACUGGGUGGUCACCAGGCUGGGAGGAAGAUGGCAGGUGCUCCAAGACCUGGGUCAUUUUCCUGAGCUGACUUUUCUCCCUUCCCUGUGCCUCCACCCAUUCUCUGAAGGUGCUGCUGAUGACCCAGAUUCCUCCAUGAUCCUCCUGUGUCUCCUGCUGGUGCCCCUCCUGCUCAGUCUCUUUGUACUGGGGCUAUUUCUUUGGUUUCUGAAGAGAGAGAAGCAAGAAGAGUCCAUUGAAGAGAAGAAGAGAGCAGACAUUUGUCGGGAAACUCCUAACAUAUGCCCCCAUUCUGGAGAGAACACAGAGUACGACACAAUCCCUCACACUAAUAGAACGAUCCUAAAGGAAGAUCCAGCAAAUACGGUUUAUUCCACUGUGGAAAUACCAAAAAAGAUGGAAAAUCCCCACUCACUGCUCACAAUGCCAGACACACCAAGGCUAUUUGCCUAUGAGAAUGUUAUCUAGACAGCAGUGCACUCCCCUAAGUCUCUGCUCAAAAAAAAAACAAUUCUCGGCCCAAAGAAAACAAUCAAAAGAAUUCACUGAUUUGACUGGAAACAUCAAGGAAGAAUGAAGAACGUUGACUUUUUUCCAGGAUAAACUAUCUUUGAUGCUUCUUUAGAUUUAAGAGUUCAUAAUUCCAUCCACUGCUGAGAAGUCUCCUCAAACCCAGAAGGUUUAACUACCUCAUCCCAAAAAUGGGAUUGUGAAUGUCAGCAAACCACAAGAAAAGUGCUUAGAAGUGUUCCUAUAAAAAUGUAAAUGCAAGGUCACACAUAUUAAUGACAGCCUGUUGUAUUAAUGAUGGCUCCCGGUCAGUGUCUGGAGUUUCAUUCCAUCCCAGGGCUUGGAUGUCAGGAUUAUACCAAGAGUCUUGUUACCAGGAGGGCAAGAAGACCAAAACAGACAGACAAGUCCAGCAGAAGCAGAUGCACCUGACAAAAAUGGAUGUAUUAAUUGGCUCCAUAAACUAUGUGCCCAGCACUAUGCUGAGCUUACACUAAUUGGUCAGACAUGCUCUCUGCCCUCAUGAAAUUGGCUCCAAAUGAAUGAACUACUUUCAUGAGCAGUUGUAGCAGGCCUGACCACAGAUUCCCAGAGGGCCAGGUGUAGAUCCACAGGACUUGAAGGUCAAAGUUCACAAAGAUGAAGAAUCAGGGUAGCUGACCAUGUUUGGCAGAUACUAUAAUGGAGACACAGAAGUGUGCAUGGCCCAAGGACAAGGACCUCCAGCCAGGCUUCGUUUAUGCACUUGUGCUGCAAAAGAAAAGUCUAGGUUUUAAGGCUGUGCCAGAACCCAUCCCAAUAAAGAGACCGAGUCUGAAGUCACAUUGUAAAUCUAGAGUAGGAGACUUGGAGUCAGGCGGUGAGACUGGUGGGGCACAGGGGGCGGUGGGUACUUGUAAACCUUUAAAGAUGGUUAAUUCAUUCAAUAGAUAUUUAUUAAGAACCUAUGUGGCCCAGCGCGGUGGCUCACACCUGUAAUCCCAGCACUUUGGGAGGCCAAGGUGGGUGGGUCAUCUGAGGUCAGGAGUUCAAGACCAGCCUGGCCAACAUGGAGAAACCCCAUCUCUACUAAAAAUACAAAAAUUUGCUGAGCGUGGUGGCAUGCACCUGUAAUCCCAGCUACUCAGGAGGCCAAGGCAGGAGAAUCGCUUGAACCUGGGAGGUGGAGGUUGCAGUGAGCUGAGAUGGCGCCACUGCACUCCGGCCUAGGCAACAAGAGCAAAACUCCAUCACAAAAAACAAACAAACAAACAAACACCUGUGCUAGGUCAGUCUGGCACGUAAGAUGAACAUCCCUGCCAACACAGAGCUCACCAUCUCUUAUACUUAAGUGAAAAACAUGGGGAAGGGGAAAGGGGGAUGGCUGCUUUUGAUAUGUUCCCUGACACAUAUCUUGAAUGGAGACCUCCCUACCAAGUGUUGAAAGUGUUGAAAAACUUAAUAACAAAUGCUUGUUGGGCAAGAAUGGGAUUGAGGAUUAUCUUCUCUCAGAAAGGCAUUGUGAAGGAAUUGAGCCAGAUCUCUCUCCCUACUGCAAAACCCUAUUGUAGUAAAAAAGUCUUCUUUACUAUCUUAAUAAAACAGAUAUUGUGAGAUUCACAUACAAAAA